UGAGCGCAGUGUAGUGGAAUGUAGUUGCCAUUAGUGGGAGUUGAACUGAGGCCGGCUAACAGCUAGCCUGCUAUGUUAAGUCUGAGCUGGAGACGCAGAGGAGAGAGAUGAAAACAUGCCUCACUUCACAGUGGUACCGGUGAAGGAUCAAGCUCAGGCCAGCUACGACAGUCUAGAGGGGAUUAACUGGGUGGAUUACAGGGACACUGGACAGGACUUCCCUGAUCAUCAAGACACUGUCAGCUCUGAUGGACAUGGGAAUCAUAAAGAAGACAGUCCAUUUCUCAGCAGUGCCGAUGCUGCAGGCAAGAAGAAUGACUUCUAUGACAGGAAUCUGGCUUUGUUCGAGGAAGAGCUGGACAUCCGGCCAAAGGUUUCCUCCCUGCUCAGCCGCUUGGUCAGCUACACCAACAUCACCCAGGGGGCCAAGGAGCAUGAGGAGGAGGAGAGCGCUCAGGCCUCACGUAGGAAGACCCCCAAGUCUCCCAACAUGGGCACUCUGAUGGGAGUCUACCUGCCGUGUCUCCAGAACAUCUUCGGUGUCAUUCUUUUCCUCCGACUGACGUGGAUCGUUGGGAUGGCUGGCAUCAUGCAGUCCCUCCUGAUCGUCCUCAUGUGCUGCUCGUGUACGAUGCUCACAGCCAUAUCAAUGAGUGCCAUUGCUACUAAUGGUGUUGUUCCAGCUGGAGGGGCAUACUUCAUGAUCUCACGCUCCCUCGGCCCCGAGUUCGGUGGAGCUGUGGGGCUGUGCUUCUACUUGGGCACCACCUUUGCUUCUGCCAUGUACAUAUUGGGGGCCAUCGAAAUCUUCUUGAAAUAUCUGGUCCCCCAGGCGGCCAUAUUUCACGCCACGGACCCCCAUGGGAGUGACAGUGCCAUGCUGAACAACAUGCGAGUUUACGGCACUAUCUGCCUCAGCCUGAUGGCUGUGGUGGUUUUUGUCGGAGUGAAAUAUGUUAACAAGCUGGCCUCUCUUUUCCUCGCCUGCGUCAUUAUUUCAAUUGUCUCCAUCUAUGCCGGGGCACUCAAAUCCAUGACUCAUCCGCCAGAAUUCCCGAUCUGCAUGCUGGGAAACAGGACUUUGGUGAGGGACCGCUUUGACGUGUGCUCUAAGACCGUGGUAACAGGAAACAUCACAGGGCCCAGCCAGCUGUGGGACAGGUUCUGUCUGCCAGGGAACAUGAGCAGCACUCAGUGUGAUGACUACUUCAUGCAGAACAACGUGACAGAAAUACAGGGCAUCCCUGGACUGAGCAGUGGGAUUAUUAGAGAUAACAUGUGGGGCGCCUACCAGCAGAAAGGGGAGAUCUUAGAGAAACCGGGGCUACAGUCAGUGGACGGCCACAGUGCCAUGGAGAACUUUGGCAUGUACGUGUCCGCGGACAUCGCCACAUCAUUCACACUCCUGGUGGGGAUCUUCUUCCCGUCUGCCACAGGCAUCAUGGCAGGCUCCAACAGAUCUGGUGAUCUCCGUGAUGCUCAGAAGUCCAUACCUGUGGGAACUAUCUUAGCUAUCACGACCACAUCACUUGUUUAUCUAAGUUCUGUUGUCCUGUUUGGCGCCUGCAUCGAGGGGGUAGUCCUUAGAGACAAGUUUGGGGACGCUGUUAGAAAAAACUUGGUGGUGGGAACGCUGUCCUGGCCGACCCCGUGGGUCAUUGUUAUCGGCUCAUUCUUCUCCACAGUUGGGGCGGGCCUGCAGUCCCUAACCGGGGCUCCUCGACUUCUGCAGGCUAUUGCCAAGGACAACAUCAUUCCUUUCCUCAGGGUGUUUGGUCAUGGAAAGACCAAUGGAGAGCCUACAUGGGCACUACUACUGACUGGUCUCAUUGCUGAGCUGGGCAUCCUUAUUGCCUCACUGGAUAUGGUGGCUCCUAUCCUGUCUAUGUUCUUCUUGAUGUGCUACCUCUUUGUAAACUUGGCCUGUGCAGUUCAGACUCUUUUACGCACACCCAACUGGAGGCCAAGGUUUAAAUAUUACCACUGGGCUCUGUCCUUCCUUGGCAUGAGUAUGUGUCUGGCUCUAAUGUUCAUCUCCUCCUGGUACUAUGCUAUUGUGGCCAUGGGCAUCGCAGGGAUGAUCUACAAGUACAUAGAGUACCAAGGAGCUGAGAAGGAGUGGGGAGACGGAAUAAGAGGACUGUCCCUCAGCGCUGCUCGGUACGCCCUGUUACGGCUGGAGGUUGGACCCCCGCACACCAAGAACUGGAGACCUCAGCUGCUGGUGCUGUUGAAGCUGGACGAGGACCUCCACGUCAAAUAUCCUCGCCUGCUCACCUUUGCCUCACAGCUGAAGGCGGGAAAGGGUCUGACCAUCGUGGGAACUGUCAUCCAGGGCAACUUCCUGGACAGCUACGGGGAGAUGCAGGCAGCUGAACAGGCCAUCAAGAAUAUGAUGGAGAUCGAGCGGGUCAAGGGCUUCUGUCAGGUUGUGGUGGCAUCUAAAGUGCGGGAUGGCGUGGUCCAUCUGAUCCAGUCCUGCGGUCUGGGGGGCAUGAAGCACAACACUGUGGUGAUGGGCUGGCCGUAUGGCUGGAGACAGAGCGAGGACCCUCGCGCCUGGAAAACUUUUAUCAACACAGUCCGCUGCACCACAGCUGCCCACCUGGCGCUGAUGGUGCCCAAAAAUGUGUCCUUCUACCCGAGCAACCACGAACGCUUCACAGAUGGCAACAUUGACGUGUGGUGGAUCGUCCAUGAUGGAGGGAUGCUAAUGCUGCUUCCUUUCCUACUCAAACAGCAUAAAGUCUGGAGGAAAUGCAAGAUGAGAAUCUUCACUGUGGCCCAGAUGGACGACAACAGCAUCCAGAUGAAGAAGGAUCUGGCCACGUUCCUUUACCAGCUGAGAAUAGAGGCUGAGGUGGAGGUGGUGGAGAUGCAUGACAGUGACAUCUCAGCCUACACCUACGAGCGAACGUUAAUGAUGGAGCAGAGGUCCCAGAUGUUGAGGCAAAUGAGGCUGUCCAGUGCAGAAAGACAGAGAGAGGCCCAGCUGGUGAAGGACAGACACUCCUUGGUGCGUAUGGGAAGUCUGUACUCAGACGAGGAGGAGGAGGUGGUGGAGGCUCCUCCAGAGAAGGUUCAGAUGACGUGGACAAGAGAGAGGUGCGAGGCCGAGAAGAGGAACAGGAACAACGCGCCCGAGAACUUCAGAGAGCUCAUGAGCCUCAAACCGGAUCAGUCCAAUGUGAGGCGAAUGCACACGGCUGUGAAGCUGAACGAGGUCAUAGUCAACAGAUCACAUGACGCUCGAUUAGUACUGCUCAACAUGCCGGGGCCGCCUCGGAACACGGACGGGGAUGAGAACUACAUGGAGUUCCUGGAGGUGUUGACUGAGGGCUUGGAAAGAGUGCUGCUGGUCCGCGGUGGAGGACGAGAGGUUAUCACCAUCUACUCAUGACCGGUUAUUAGCUGCUGCACAGGAGCAUCUAACUCAACGCAAAACAUUCCACCUCCGAACACACUCCUCCGACUCCUGCUCUGCAGCCACAGACGGUUCUGGGUGGAUGCACGAAUUAGACACUUUUUAUUUUAAGUAUGGACUUUUGGGUACAAAAGUGGUUUAUUCUAUUCUUGUAGAAUAUUGGGACACGUUAGUGUACAUAUCCGCCUGUAUGUCCACAGCUCUGCCGUUCUAAACAAAUGUAAGCUGUUUCCACAUUUUCUCCCUCAGAAAUCAGUGCUUCUGUGUGAGGCUGUCAAACACAAACUUAUAUGGAUAUAAAUUUUCCUAUUUAUAGGUCACAAAUACCUCUUCGUUUAUGACAAUUUGGCAGACUAUCCUGAGUACGUGGACUGUUUUGGUAGAAUGCCAGGUUUGUGUUCUCCUUGCAGCUCUUUAUCUUGGAAGCACAUCUCUAUUUAUUUAUUUAUUUUUUACAACUUUUCCCCGGUUUGAGGUAAAGAAAAUGUUAUUGUGGGUAAUCGACACAGUGUUUGACGUUGGUUGUGCUGUACACAGUAGGUGGCGGCGAAUCCAAAUUGUGCACGUGGAUUGCCAGAUAUCGCAAGUUUCGUAGAAAGAGUUAUAAUUUAUGGAAGGAUUUUGUGUUGAUAUUGUUGAGAGAAAAAAAAAAGAAAACUGUAUGUGAAUGACUUUCAAACUGUUGCAUUUGUUUUUUUUGCUGCAAACCCGAGAAGCUUAUCUGCACAUAAAAAAGGUGCUUAAUUUAAAAAAAAAAAAAAAAGAUUCCUUAAUCUUUCUCCUUGACACCUUUUACACCUGGUAUUAAAAGUGAUCCAUAUCUGGAUACGUUUUCCAUAAGAAAAAAAGAUCUGAUCUCGCCUUUGCAUUCACGCCCGGUAUUAUUUAGUGCGUUGUUGUUAUCCACAUUGAGAUCGGAUCUCUGUCCUCCGUGAGGAAUUAUGGCGCAGCUGUGAAUCAGCCCCAGGCUCCCUUAACAAAUCAUGGAGUAAUGUGGCUUGUUGAGUCCGAGGAAACUUUAUAAACUUUGUGAAACUACGUGUACAACAAACUCAUCCUAUUUAUCCCCUCUUGUAAAUUUGUAAUACAAUAAGUUAGUCCUGUCUCUUAUAAACAUACACAGUCAACUUGUCCUGGUUUGCGGGCUAUUUUAUGACUAGAUAAAAUAUAUAAGCUUGGUUAUCAGCAGAUCAGCUGCGAUCAUUUUCCACCUGCACCGCUUCUGACACAUUCCCGGCGCAGAGUAGACAUUUAAUGUUUCUUUCUUUCUUCUUUCUUUCAUUUUUUAAAAUUUGAUCAAUGACCUACACUUAAUUUAGCUAAAGGAAAUAUCUGUAUUAGUGUUAGGAUGUAUACAGAUGCCAGCACGUCGUACUGAUUGCGUUUGUACCAAGCCUAAGAUCCAAACACAAUGCCAGCCAGAACACCUCCAGAUCCAAUUAUACUCUGUUCACGGCACAUUUACACCAUUAACAUGCAUUUUUCCUUUCCGGAUAACGUGCCCAGAUAUAGAUCUUGCCACUUUUAAUACCAGGGGUGAACGAGCUGUAAGAUUUUCAUGAAUUCCAAUCCCAUUUCUGAUGCUAUUAGUGUUUAUAGUUUUCAUUUUGUUUUUCUGAAAAUCCUUUUCUAUAUAUCGUGGUUGUCAGUGUUUUAGCGUCCACCCUUUUUAUUUCUGACGGAGCAGCUGCUCAAGGAGAAUUUUUUUCCACGUUAACUUGACUGAAAUCUUACAACUACUUUCAGACCCCGUUUUGUUGUCAUAUAAAAGUAUAUAUGAUAUGAUCAGUAUUCCAGACAUCCAUGUGUUUAUGUAAGUUUCAUAAGGGAUAAACCAUGACAAGAUGUGCAGUUAUAUAUAUAUAUAAAAAAAAGAAUAACACAACGCUAAGAAAAGUGCUUGUCAUCGCUUCACAUUUAAUUCUAUUUUUUUCAGCAAUCCAGAUUUUUCUGCUCACUACAAUUCUGGCAAAUUACACUCUUUAAAUGGAAACUUUACUUUCACAGUAUUUUUAAUGAAGUUAUGACGAGUAUUAACUUUCAGGAGCAAUGUGAGAAUAAGAAGUCAAUAAAAAAAAACCCAAAUCAAAUCAAAGUGAGCUCACCGAAACAAAUUCCUAUCACCUUUGCAGGCGCGCAGUAUUGAAUCUAAAUAUUAACAAGGCAGGUUUUCCACACUGCUGCUUUGACUAACUGCUGCUCGGAGUUAAAGAUUCUGUUUCAGUCGUUUGUUUUUGUGUGUAAAUAUUUAAAUGAGAAAAAAAACAAGGCAGUCGUCUGUUUGGCCAAAGGGCAGAACAGUUAACACAAAGUUACACACUAUUUUUUUCCUUUUUGUAAGCUGCCGUGAUUUCUUAUUAUGCUGUAAGAAAAAAUAAAUAAAAGUAACAUCUGUUUAUAAA